AUGGAAAAAUAUUUGAAUGGAAACGUUUUAGACCGAGCAUCUAGAAUUUCUGUAUAAAAGGGCCGAGUUUUGCGUGAAAUGCUAAACAGUUUUUCAGUCCCCAGCAGAAGACAUUUCAGUUACCGAAGAAGAUAUCUCAAAAGAUGCAUUACUUUACGUUGUCUGCCGUGGUUCUUUACCUGUUGGUGUCCGUCUCUGCCCAGCUGCAGGCGGAACUGCCCUGGGCCCAACCCUUUAUCCCAGUCAAACCUUGCGCGCCGUCAUGUAGCGCUAUCCGUACUGCCAGAGCCACCACCGAGGAUGUUGAGGCGGCCUUGAGACAAAACCCAGAUAUCCAGGCCAAAAUCGCCGAGUUAGAUGCUGAGAACAAGGCCGACGAAAAGUCAAGUAUUCUGCCAGUCUCCUAUAAAUGCCCUUGCUCAAAUUGCAAGGCUGUGAAACAACAGCUGUACAGCUGUGAUAACUGUCGCAUCAUCUGGCCGCGAGGAGGCGUGACGAACGUAGCCUGCAGCCGCCCCAACUCGUACUGCCGCCUAGGAUGUGGUUGUCCGGGCCGGUGUAACGCUUACGGACGUCGCUCACAGAUCGUCGUGCUUUACUGUCCAGGGCUUAAACCAAUCCCAUUCGUCAUCAAGCGUAUAACUCUGUGUACUAACUGCUGUUGUCAGUUCAACUACUGGUGGAAGGGGUAA